AUGGACUCAGCAAGAAUCUCUCUCAGGCCCUUCAAGAUUUCAGACGCUGAUGAUUUCUUGAAAUGGGCCAGUGAUGACAAGGUAACUCAAUACCUAAGAUGGCCCAGCAUCACUUCCAGAGAUGAAGCACUCACAUACAUUCAGCAAGUUGCUAUACCACAUCCCUGGCGCCACUCCAUCUGCAUGGAUGACACAUGCAUAGGCUAUGUUUCAGUCAAGCCUGAACCCGGAGACGAUCAUCAUCGGGCUCAUGUCAGCUACGCGCUUAGCGCGGAGUAUUGGGGGCUUGGCAUAGCCACUGUUGCAUUGAAAAAGGCCAUAGCUAAGGUGUUGAAGAAAUUUUCAUACUUGGCAAGGAUAGAGGCUUUGGUGGAAGAAGAAAAUAAAGGGUCUCAAAGGGUGCUUGAGAAAGUUGGGUUCAGAAAAGAAGGGCUGUUGAGGAAGUAUGGGUUUAACAAAGGGGAUAUUAGAGAUAUGAUCAUGUAUAGUUUCUUGUCAACUGAUCAGAUGCUGUGAUUUGUUGUGGACAAGAACCCAUGUAGUGCUUGCUGUUAACUAUUUCCAUCGGAAAUGUUGGUGUCUAUGCAUCUCCGAAUGUACGGUGUUCCUAAGUGACGGAAUCAUGUCAGAACUUGUAUUAAAUACAAAAUUAUUUGUUGUCGCUGAGAUAAUAUAAUCUAUUGUUCAUAUUAAAAUAAA